GAAUGCUUUUUUUGGAGCCUUCUCAUCGGCAGACUGUAUUUCGACACUGUCAAACCGAUAGUUCGUACUGUAAAGGGAAAAUUUGUGUGGUAUUACCUACCAACAGGGGGUUUUAAAUUAAACUUGACAAGGUUUAAAUUCAUGUGCCAUUACCGUCAUCAGGCAUGUCGUAUAAGGAGAUAUCUAUCUAUUGGGCUCGAUUGCCAGGCAUACCAUUGUCCAUGAUGUGGCCUGUGCAAGUAUUGGAAUGGCCACCAUUGGCGUCAUCGGUACAAGUUAUCUGUUAUGCAGAUGAUGCAGAAAACUCUGAAACGGAAACCUAUAAUGCUGAAGUGCUUCAUUACUGAUAUUAAAUGGGGGAUAGAACUGAGUCAGCAAGGAGAUGAAAAUAAGAACACUGAAGGUGAAGAUAGUGAGGAGCAGGUAGCAGUAUUGUCAAGGACACCACUCCCUACCUUUAAUGAAUGUGAAGAUAGUGACAAGCAAGUAGCAACAUCACCAAGGAUGCCACACCCUCUUCCUAAUGAAUGUGAAGAUAGUGACAAGCAAGUAGCAACACCGCCAAGGACACCAUCCCCUCCCACUAAUGAAUGCGAAGAUAGUGACAACCAAGGAGCAAAAUCUCCAAGAACACCAUCCCCUUCCCCUAAUGAAUCUGAAGAUAGUGAUGAGCAGGUAGGGACGUUACCAAGGACGCCAUCCCCUCCUAAUGAAUGUGAGGAUAGUGAGGAGCAGGUUGCAACAUCACCAAGGACAUCUUCCCCUUCCCCUAAUGAAUCUGAAGAUAGUGAUGAGCAGGUAGGAACAUUACCAAUAAUGCCAUCACAUCCUAAUGAAUGUGAAGAUAACGAGGAGCAGGUACCCAGGAAACCAUCCCCUCCCCCAAAUGGAUUUGAAGAUGGUGACAAGCAGGUGGCAACAUCUCCUGAGAGCCCACCCCCAUCCCUUUCAAAAGGUCAGCAAGAGAAUGAAAUUAUCAUCAACAAACUUGUGGACUGUGAUGAGCAAAUACGUAUGUCUCCAAUGUUGCCUCUUCCUAAUCCACCCCUAACAGAAAGAAUAAAUCCUAAAGUCUUUAUUGCUACAGGAUUGGACAGGCGAGAACUAUUGGAAGUUGACCGACUUGCUAAAUUAACUGGUUGUCAAUUUUCUAGUAUAUUUCAUACUCAGAAUACAACACAUGUUAUCAUUAAGACAGAUGCUGAACUAGUAUGUUGUAGAACAUUGAAAUACUUAAAAGGAAUAUCAGCAAGGCUGUGGAUUGUCUCCUACACAUGGGUAGAGGCUUGUCUAAAGGUUGGGUACCUCUUACCAGAAGAAGGCUUUGAGGUACAGGGUGACGUUGACUGUGGCAGAAACCACAAUGGACCAAAGAGGGCCAGAAUGUCGAAAAGCCCACUUCUAAUGCACAGUUACGAAAUAUGCCAUAUGGGGGAAUAUUCUAGUUUAAAUAAAGAUCAAAUUGAAUCACUGCUGAAGCUUUGUGGUGCAACCGUUGUUCAGCAUCCGACAAUAUUUCCUCUCUUAUAUGGUCAUCUGUCAUGCAUCAUAGUACAGAAUUAUUCAAACAACAAACAAGACUAUUACAAUGAUCUCUACAAGCAGUACAGUGUACCUGUUAUUUCAAUAGAUUGGCUCUUGGAUAGCAUAUCCACCUACUGUCUACAACCGAUUGAUGAUUUUAUCUUAUCUGGGAAGACAUUGGAAAGUGAUCAUGAUGAUGCUGACAGUUAUGUUAGCUUGGUUGAUGCAAGUAAUAGUGAGUAUCUUCCAGAAUCCACAUCAGAAUGUUAUUCUGACACAUCUGAUGCCAGCCCCAUAUUACAAAUGAAGCAACAUACAGGGGUCAAAAACAAAUCAAAUCAUCAGCAAGGAGAAUCAUCAGGAGAACACAAGAAACAUAAAAAACACAAGAAAUACUCAAAUAAGGAUAAUAAAAAACAGGAGACAUGCUUUUUACCUGGGUACCAGAAAAGUAAAUGUCUGAAGAAGACUAUUAAAGACAAGAAACACGAGAUGGCUAAAAAACACAAGAAACAUAAGAUACACACAAAGCCUAGUAAAGACAAGAAACAUAAGAAGGCUAAUGAACACAAGAAAGAUAAGAAACACAAAAAGCACAAGAAGGAUAAAAUCUCAGAAAAAAACAGGGAAGUACAAAUUUCAAAGAGAAGGUGUGGCAAGAGGUUGUGGACCAACAAAGACUAUUGCUUUUUUUGUGGUAAGGCAGAUUUUAAAGUAGCUCGCCAUUGGUCAAUUUGGCACAAACAAGAGAGAAUGGUCAUUGAAGUUGAGGCGCUUCCAAAAUCAUCUAGAGCAAGGCGAGAAAAGAUAGCAUUUCUUCGAAAUAAAGGUAACCUCAAACACAACUUCACUGUGUGGGAGACUGGUGAAGGGAAAAUUGUUCCAAGGAAACGACCAAGUAAUGAUGAUGAGGCCUCGGAGUACCUUCCAUGUGAAUUCUGCGAUGGCAGUUUUAAGAAAGUUUGGUUACCAAAGCACCAGAAGACAUGUGUACAACGAUGUGGUAGAGAGAGGCAACAAAGAGUUCAGUCACCUGCAAAAAUGAUGAUUCCUGAAAGGAAUCCACAAACAGUAUCAGACUCACUUAGAACGAAAGUUUUGUCAAGGAUGCAGUCCGAUAGCAUAACAGCUGUAGUUACAAGAGAUGACGAUAUUUUGGCAUAUGGCACACAGAUGCUUAGAAGUCACCCAGAAGAACAUCAUGCACUUAUAAUAUCUCAGAAAAUGCGUGAUUUAGCCAAACUAGUUUCAGCUGCAUCUCUUAAGGAUCCGGCCAUCAUUGGAAUCAGAGAUUGCAUUGACCCACAAAAGUUUGAUACUGUGGUUGCUGCAGUGAAGGAUGUGGCAGGGUAUUCCAGUCAGUCCAACAGUUAUCGCAUCCCGUCAUAUGCCAGAAACAUUGGUUUUGAGAUAAAUAAAGUGGCAAGUCAAAUAGAAGCUGAAGCAAUGAUAAGUAACAACAAGCAGCUCGACGAGACUGUUAAGAAUUUCAAAGAAGUCAAAUUAUCAGAGUGGAGAAACACAGUAACUGUUUUGGCACAUCACUCAUUGCAAUCCUCUAGGAGAAACAGACCAAAUCUGCUUCCUUUAGCUGAAGACCUCAAGAACCUUGCAAAUUACCUUCAAGAUAACAGGCUUUACAAUGAGAUGGCACUUAGAGAAGAUCCCUGUUCAACAAAAAAUUGGCAGGAAUUUUGUCAUUUAACUCUAACACGCGUCUCUUUAUUCAACAAAAGACGCAGCGGCGAAACAGAACGAUUGCUUCUUGAUGAUUACAAGAAAGGUUGCCAAGAUGAAGGAGAAAUUCCACAGGAAAUUUACAAAAGCCUUACUGAAGUUGAGAAAGGCCUAGUUCUGCAAUUACAGAGAAUAGAAGUGAGAGGGAAGAGGGGCAGAACAGUUCCUAUAUUAUUAACCAAAGAAAUGGUGUUUGACAUCAAUUUGCUUAAUGAAACACGGGAAGAUGCUGGUGUGUCCAAGGAAAAUCCGUACGUCUUUGCUAGACCUUAUUUUGGCUCUGUGUUUCCAGUCAAAAUAAGCGAAUGCUAUAGAAAGUUCGCAGAAGCAAGUGGUGCCAAAAACCCUGAUGCUAUUCGAUCGACCAAACUUAGAAAACAUAUUGCAAUAAUGUCGCAAUUGUUAUGCUUGAAAGAAAUUGAACUGGAUCUUCUUGCAACUUAUAUGGGCCAUGACGUUCGCGUCUACCGCGAAUUUUACAUACUACCGGAGUGUACUCUCCAACUGGCAAAAGUUUCAAAAUUGUUGAUAUUGAUAGAGAAAGGUGAAAUUAGUGAUUUCAAAGGAAAGUCAUUAGAUGAGAUUGAAAUACCACUGGAUGCAAGUAGUGAAGGGGAAGAGGACACUAGUAAGGACAAUGUUGUUGCCUGUGAACAUGUUGAGGGAGAAGAUAACAAGAAAACUAUUAAAAAGAAGAAAAUGAGAAAGUAUGUGCCUAGACGGCCAUGGAGCAGUGAUGAAAAGGCGGUAGUCACUGAAUAUUUCAAGGAUGCAAUAGUAAGUGGCGUGGCACCAAAAAUUCAAACGUGUAAAGAAGUGAAAACAAAAAAUCCCAUAUUGAAUACUCGCACUUGGCAGAAUAUCAGGGAUUUUGUGGUUGCUGAGCGAAAAAGGAAAUUAAGGAAAAUGUCUAAACAACAAAAGUAAUCCAAAAUCUAUGGUGUUGGUGCUUUCGACAUCUAAGAAAAUCUCUAUGCUAAACAUUUUUUCAUCAAUUGCCUCUGUUAGAUUUUCUAUUGUAAGCGUUCAUGACUGGUCAAACAAAUUUUAUGGAAUCUAAACUGUGCAUCGUUGAUUAUUUUUACUACAUUCAAGUAUGAUAAUGUUUGGUCAUAGAUUACUCCUUCAUCAUGGAGAGACAAGGCAACAUUGAUUUUGGUGUGUAAUUUUGUAUAUUAUUAUGUUUCCCUUUACAAAUAGGUGUUUUUUGCUAUUUUUAGCUCGCAUUGAAAUACACCAUGUCAACAGGGAAACAUUUAUAAUGUGGGAUAGUUUUUGCAAGAAUAUCAGAAUAGAGUUUUAUAUAUAUAUAUUGUGCACCUAUAUCAUAAUGUCCUGCAGAUUUGAUGAUGUUUAGUUUAUCAAUAUAUUUCUUCAUAUCUGUCUCUGACACAGGUUUUACCAUGGAGGUAUAAAAUGAUAAAUAAAUACCUCUAUGGUUUUACAAACAUAGAGCAACAUUGCUUAUUUUGACAGAAGUACAGUUGGUACUAUAUGAGUUUGUUCCUUAUUUUUAAGUAAUCUUUCACCUAUGUUAACAAAUAUAUCGUUAAAGCCUCAGCUUUUGGUGUAUUGCAUAAUAUAUUUGUUUCAUUUUAUAAUUCUUUUGGGAUAUAACGUUUCCAUUGCCAUGAGAAUUGGAUAGAUGUCAAUGUUAAAUUGGUUUAAUAAUGACAUUGAUUACAGUAGCUUAUAUAAUGAAGUUGACUUCAUAGAAGCAAUUAAAAAAACUGUUAUAAUAAUUAUAUCUAACUAAAUUUUCGUUUCUUUCACUCAACAGAUUAAAUAAUCUGAUUUGAUCCCACAUUAGUUUUUCAUUUGCUGUAUCUCCCUUUCAUGCUGGGUACUUUUAGCAGUACACGUGUAAUUUUUUUUUUUUGGAAGUGACUUUUUGUUUUUAAACACUUUCUGUCAACUUAGAAAAAAACAAAAUUUCUUAAUACCCCUGUAUUUUUUUAUAUACCUUGGAAUUUGUUUUAUGUUUUUAGAAUAAUAAUUAUAAUAGAUACCCUUAUUAUGUGUAUAGCUACAUUGUGUAUAACAUAUCAGCCUCAAAUGUGUAGCUUUAAUAUAAAUAUGUGUAAGCCGAUAGUUGUGAGGAUGUCCUCAAAUACAUAGCUUUACCCUUAUUAUGUAUAUACUGUAGCUAUGUAUAACAUAUCUGCCUCAAAUGUGUAGCUUUAACAUAAAUAUGUGUAGGCCUAAUAGUUAUGAGGUUGUCCUGAAAUAUAUACUGCCCUGCUCUGAGAAAAGGAAUUAAGUAACAAAAUCAUAGUUUUGACUAAAUGAGCAAAAUGCGUUUGAGUUUUUCCCAAGAAAAGUACAAAUGAUUUCAAAUUUUUAAAACUAUGGUUUGCUUAGAUAUAUUAAAAAAGUUGCCACAUACUUUUUAUUGAUUAAUAUUAUUAUUAGGGGGGGGGGCCAAAACAUAAAUACAGUAUGUGUAGGCCUAAUAGCUAUGUAUAACAUAUCAGCCUCAAAUGUGUAGCUUUAACAUACAUAUAUGUAAGCCGAUAGUUGUGAGAAUGUCCUCAAAUACAUAGCUUUACCCUUAU